UAAUCAUACACGGGAAAGACAGGAUCAAGCGCUACACAUGGUGGCACGCGAACAGAACAUAUGGAAACUCUGCCAUCGCCUGAAGCUGAUCGUGUUGAGAAACCUUUCACACAACACCAUAGAAACGUUUGCCAGCUGCUCAUUUGCACAAAAAAUACACAAAGGCCGUUAUGUUGGACGGAACAGAACAUCUGGCACCCUUUCAAGAUUUCUAAGGUUAUGAAAAAAAUUUCCAACGAACCUGGUGUCCCGUUAUGAGGACGGCUAGCCAGACAAACACGCCUGAAACAGCUUGAGCCGCUCUCGUCUGCAGGAAGAUGGGGUUCAACUUGGGCGGGAUGUGUGUGGUGUUGGCGACGGCAAGUGUCGUCGCCACCGUGCUUGUCAAUCCGCUCACCAUCGAAGGAGUCCCCGAGGCGUUGUUCGGCGAUACGGAGGCGUUCAGUGUCAUUUUAUCAGACUAAACGAGCCUGCUGCGUCGUAGAUAACUAAAGAAAAUGUCGUCAGAUGCCAGAUUUCGUCAUAGUGCACAGAAAUGUACGAACACCUCAGCUCAACAUCUUUACCUGUGGGAGGAAAUCCCAAUAAAAUCCAAAAUGGCGCCUGGGGUCAAUUGCGCCUGCGCAGUAAGAUUGUAAAAACGUCACGACCGCGAGAUCAUUACGUCAUCGUUUGCUGAAAACGAGGCUGUGACCCAAGGUAACCUUUGUUCUCCAGAACGAGGCUGCAUAUUUUGGGUCGGAGUUGUUUUCGCUACAGGGGGGACCAAAUAGUAACAAAUGGUGCCGACAAAAUCGACCUCUGUCGCCAUGAAGCAGCGCUGUGGAGCCAGGAUUUUCGAUCUUCAGCAGAAGGUGAUCUGUUGAAAGGAGGGUGCUGUGUUGGGAAUGAAUAGUGGAUCAAGAAAGUUCAGCAAGGAUCUUUUUUGAAACCUGUCUAAUUCCUGCAGCCCUGAGGGGGGAUUAAGUGAGUCCUACUCCACAAUGGCAACCCUCACUCAACUUCAGGACAAGCUGCGGAGCGCACAGAGCUCCAUCCUGUUCAUGCAGCAGGAACAUGCCAAAACUCUGAAGGGUCUUCACGAAGAGAUGCACAAACUCCAGAAGAAAUGUGCCGAGCUGACAUUCCAACUCGCCAUGGAGACCACCUCCACUCCUGAUGAGGACUAUUUUCGUAAGAAAAGUGUGGGACUGGAGAAGGAACUGAAACAGAAGGACGACGACUGGAAGGAUGUACAGGAACAGGCCGAGAAGAAAGACAAGAGAAUCGAGAUGCUGGAACAACAGCUGAGGGCACAAGAGAAGAAAUUUAAAGACGAACUGAAACUCAAGAGCACAAAGAUGGCACAGCUAUCUAAUGAACUUGAUUCUAAGUCAGCUACGAUAGCUUAUCUGACAACCCAGUUGCACCAAGUGAAGGUUGGGAAGAACUUGAGGAAAAGCCGUGAGGGUGUGGAGGCUCUGCCUGAAGGCAUGAGCCCAACGCCACCAAGUAGCAGAGAAAAGUCAAGUUCUUCACGUAAAACAUACAGAAGAGGCGUUACAAACAUGCCCGUCACCGGACCGAUUCGUGCCAUCCACCCCAGCCCUCCUGAUUCCAGAGACGGCAGUGCAAAUGUCCGCACAGCGUCCGGUCGCCGACUGCCGACCCCACCGAUGAGACCAAGAACUCCCAGUGGUAGCAACGUUCUAGAUCCAGCGCCAUUCCUCGAAAGUCCGAAGGUUACCAGGGACAGAGAGGUCAGCAUCAAACCGGCGCCGGCUGUUCUGCCUCCUAUCCUGCCUCCCACUGGGGAUGAAAGCGAGGAGUCUGAGUCAGAUGCCAGCAAUAGGAGGACUUUUUUACGGAGGCAGAUCAGGCUGGCCAAGCAGGCAGACAGGUCGGAAGUGGAGACACUCGCAGUGGACCAAGUGGGAGGGACUGGUGACAAUACUCUGACUGCCGUCCAUAAUACAGAAUCUGACUAGACUUCUUAUAGAGCUGUAUCUGUACAUGAACAGUCUUUUUAUCCCUGGAAUGGAAAAAAGUGUGUGGUAAAAACAUACAUAGAUGAUCAUCAGAAUAUGAUGUGAAGGUGAUAUGAUGUACUUUCUGCUUUCAAUGUUACUAGGCAUUGUUUUUGUCAUAGAGAUAUAAAGUGAUUUUAUAUAUGUCAUAGAUUGAAUGAUGUUGAGGUUUUCACUGUUAGCUGCUAUGUUUGCAGUUUCAGGCAAGAGACAUUCUAAACAUACAUAUCCAAGUUAUUUUACAUAUCCCACUGUAUUUUGCUAGACAUUUCAACAACCACUGAGGACUUGUAUAUAAAAUUCCAUAGUUUCCAAGUUCUCAAGGUUACUUUAAAGAACAAAGACUAAAUGAAAGCAUGACCAUUACCCAUGAAAACCUUGUUCUCUGAUUUCAACCAAAAGCUAUCAUGCAUGAUCUGCUUUUAUGUAUAAUGCACAUCAAGCAGAUAUAUUUUGCAUGUGAGUUGGACUUUUGUUUUUAAUGCAGAAAUUAGGCAUCAUAACACCAUAUGGAUGAAGUGGUUCUAUUGUAAGACUGUUGACAUAGCGACCUUUAGGCUUCAGCCAAAAUGUUUGCCCUAACAAGCGCUGAUACCCUGGCAACACAGCAGAUAAUUAUGUUUCCAUAGUGACAGUUUCUCGCAGCUUGAUUUAGUGCUGCUGUUAUGGCAAAAAUUGGUAUUCCGCUUUUGUCCUCUAAUUGUAUAACCUUAUCCAUUAUUUAUUACGUACCCUCAAGCAGUGGUAUAGCCAUAGGAUACUUACACCUUACCAAGGCUAGAUGUGUUUUUAGACAGGUGUUAUCAGCUAUAUCUUGCAUAUUUUUACAUGUUGCAGUUCACUUGCUGAUGAUUGUAUUGCUGUGGGACCAAUCCUGCCUUUUAAUGCAGGUGUUUUUAAAACUAGGGCUGUCUAUAUGCUGCUGCAUAUUAACUAUUCAGGGAUAGUACCAGUAUCACAUGGCAUUUUUUGCCAUUGAAGUUUUGCUACCAGACAAGUAAUGAUGUACAUGUACAUAUUAGAAAAUCAAGUGUUUCUAGUUUUUGUGAAAGUAAGGUACAUUCUACAAUAGUGUCUGAUUGUGGACAGGCUCUUUUUUCAAUAAUGCCUGACAAUUUCUAAACCAUUGUUGUGCCAUAAACACGAAACAGCUUCUCACGUCAUUAGGUAAACACAUUGUGUGUUGGUCCUUUGUUCAGUUCUCUUGGAUACUGUAACUUAGACUUGGAACUGGAUAUGUUACUGUAGCUUUAACUAAGACAAAAGCUGGCUCCAAAGGGGGUCAACUACUCAAGAUCCCCAUAAUGGGGUUCAACAUAUCAGAUGAGCUUGUAACAGGUCCUGUUUUGUGUUUAAUGGAACCACUUGUUUGCAGGAUCUUGUAACUUUUGCUGUAGGAGUAUCUGUUUUGAGUUGGGUAUCAACUAGAUCAUAUCAGUUUGUAAUGUUUUACCUUUUACACAGGCUUCUGAGAAGCUUUGUCAAUUUUGACACAUGGACCAAAACUCAGUAUUAUGCUGUACUGUUUGAAGAUGUCAUCUGUGUGAACUUGAAGAAGCCAUUUUUGUGUGCUCAGUGCUGUGUGUUGAGUCAUGAAGAAAGUAUGACAUAUUAAAUACACGCUGGCAAACAA